AUGAAGACAUCGGCUAGGAGAGGUCCAAGAGGUGAGCCAAAACAACUGCGUCUACUUGUCUAUGGAGUUGGCUGUCGAACACUUCCUUCACUUGCUCCUGUGGAGCAGGUUAUAUUGGUCGCACGAGUCGGCGCUUAUCCAAGAUAAUACGGGAACACCUCCCGGCAUGGCUGGGAAAAGGCGAAACUAGGAGCAUAAGCAGCGCCAUUCUCACGCAUGUUAUCGAUUCCGGAUAUCGUGGGGACCCCAACGAAGCUUUUCGUGUGAUUUAUAAGGCCGAAGCUACUGGGCCAGCGCCUGUUAGCAACAGCAGACGGGGCCGCCAUCAGGUUACGAAAGCCAGCCUUAUGCGCACAGAAGAAUCACGUUCAGGCUUCGCGCCUACAGUGCUCGAAGGUCGACUAACGCUGCAACUCUCCGCGCCCUUCCGCUCUCACCCCGCCCCUGACACUGACUGCUAUUACCCCCCCCCCCUACCCCCACUCCCGCCCCCACAUUCCCACACCCCCACUUUUAUUGAUUUCCCUCAUCGCUGACAUGUUUUAUUUCGUCCUCGUUCCCAUAUAGCUGUACUGGCCCGACGAGAAUUUAUUGGAAGCUACGUAUGCUCGCCACCUCGUCUUCUGAUUGCUUCUGUGGUAAUUUUCGUUUCUCUUCGCUUUAUUACCAAAGAUGACCGUGGGAAUAUCCGGUUCGUAAAUCCUACAAUAAGACUUGCCACUACUACCCCCUCUGUAGCUAUCGUAUUUCGCCGGCCAGCCCCCUAAAUGUGCCAUAUGUGCUCAUAUCAUCUCUCCUAUCUUUUAGCCCUUUCAACUGACAGAGGUCGAGUUUGGCUUUCUUGAUGAGGGUAUCUACCAUAGCAUCCUCUUUUAUGUACUCAUCGAAGACCAGUCCUUUCUUUCAACUGAGUCUGGGUUACAUCCGCAGUGCGGUAUAUGUUCACCCUCGUCUCAAUUUUUAUUAGGCUAAUUGUCUUGUAAGCUGCAAAAGCAAAAAGUUUAACAGCCCGUUUUCGAGGGAGUCCAGACCGGUAUAAAACUGCUCCUCAGUCGCCUGUGUGGAUGAAACCACUUGAAGCUCCUCAGUUUUCAGACCAUUGCUUCUGUCUUCCCAUGUGCACCGAUUCUAGACCGAUAUCGAUCAUAAAAGCACACGAUUCAGAAAAUAUGGCGUCUGGAAACCAGCAGAUACAGUGGUCAGGUAGCAUUUAGUGUGUGCCUCGUCUUCUGACUUAUACAUAGAAUUGUGGCGCUGCGUUACUCUCGGCAUCACUAGUUCUCAGCAAGAUGAAGCGGAGUCCUCAUGCCCUGGAUCUACUGUCAAACAGAGGUCUAGCCCUGAAAGAGUUCUCGGUGGGUUGAGGUGAUGGCCAACUUGUGAGCAGCUGGUUUCCCGCAGAUGUUGCACCCCAAGGUGGAAACCUCAAUUCGAGGAAGCAAAUCCUGCCCAUUGAGUUAAGUCUUUCCUUUGGAAGCCGCUGGUCUUUAGCAGUACUGGAUAGCCAAAGCCCAGAUUUUCACUUGUCCAAAAGACCACCCGGGUCGUAACACGGUGACAUCCACCUCUGGUGGCUAGCCUUGUACUAGAUGCUGAUUUUCGAUAAGUCCUGUGCACAGGGGCAGAUGACACAGUCCAUCGUUGCCACACACACACACACACACAGGAGUUACUUGCGCCACUGGCUUUCAGAAAGUCCAACGGAGGGUGUGAGAGCCCUGACACUCCAAUCAACCGAAGGCUCGGAGAGGCCGCAAAUCUCGGUGCUGUUUUACACGGACGGAGUGGAGUGAUGAUGGUUUCGUGCGUUCCCUAUUUUCGUUGGUGAUGUAGGAUUAUAGUGUUCUAAAAUCAUGUCGGUAGCUUAAUUGAUGGAUAGGACUGUGGUCUUGCCUACAUGAUUUUGGAAAAAAACCGGUAUUUCACACUGCGGAUGCGAGUAAUUAGGCCUUCAGGUGCUGGUUGAGAGGGCCGGAAACCUGGGCAGUGGACCACAUCCUAUCAGGUGCAAUAUGUGUUUGUAUAUAAGUAGUUAAAGGAGGGUUCACACGAUUAUUUGAAUGUGCUUUUGAUUUGAUUAUUAAGUCAACAGGCGGUAAAAUUUGCUUUUAACAUUGGUUGUCUUGCUUAUGUUCAGAACAGGAGGCUAUCCUGACGGAAAUGGAAGAUCGGCUGACGGAGUCAGUAAAAGUUAACUUCGAUUUUACGCACGCAAUCAGUUAUAUUGCUGGACCGCUGACAGUCUGGCGACUGGAUGCCUGCAAGGCUGUUUGGGCAGGCCACAAUGAAAUAGUGAACGCUCAGAAGAGCGACAAAAUCCUCAUUGAAGAUCCCAAUGCCAAGAAGCAGGAGGCCGAGGCAAGUGAGGAGGAGGGCCAGGAGGGAGACGGAGAGGGCGAGGAUGGGGCUGCAGAGGAGGAGGAGAAACCAGACGUGGUCCAGGAGGAGGAACACGUCGAGGGUGAGCUGGAUCCAGCGGAGAUCGCAGCAUCCGAAAGACCAGCCCUAAAGGAGUGGACCAAGCACAUGUACGCUUGGUUGUCUCUGCUUUAACCCGUCGAACCCUCAUCUUGCUUGCACGGUAACACUGCGGUAGAAGUGGUUAAACAGAGGAAUAGGAACAUCCGUAGCACAAAUGGUAUUGUGCUAACUUCUAGGUAGAAUGACACCUAUUCCCGUGUGCUGCCUAUAACUUAACCCCAAACCCUAGCCCCUGGGAUUUGUCUCAGGCUCACCUGUUGACUUCCUUGGAGUCUGAGUGACGCGUAAAAGCCAAGGAGUUAACAGUUGGUUCGGCACUCUCUUUUGGUCCCAUUUGUGUUAAUUCUUUCGGAGUUCCGCUACUGCUCCGACAAAAUUGGUUCCGUUGUCACUGAAGAUAUCAGUGGGACGUCCGCAUCUACCCAUGAAUCUCAUCAGACACUGAAUGAAAGAAUUUUUGGUCAGGCUAGCGGCUAUCUUAAGAUGAACCGCUUCCGUUUGUAAGCAGCUGAGCACACAACUGUAGCGUUUCACAGAAGAUCGUCCACGUUUGACCAUUAAAGGACCAUGCGUCCAUGGGCACUUUCCGCGUUUUUGCUGAUUGCAUAGCUGCUGCGAAAUAUACUAAGGUGUGUCAUUAGAUCAGGGCAAGCCUUUAAUGUGAGCAUGCAAUCUGAGCGCGUGGGAAGUGGGUGGUCGUCGGUCGAAUUGUUCUUUAUAUUCAAUUUUUUUGAAACUUCGCUUGGCCUCCAGCACUCAGUUGAUCCCAUAAGCUGUUGUAUCAUUCUUCAGAGCGAUUUGUUUUGACUACUUAAUCUGUACGAGAGUUUCAUAUAAAUUUUAGUCUAUUCCAAGGCAUUUGAAUUGAGGUUUCUGGGAACACUUUCGACUUUUUCACUCGUCCUCCACGCCGGUGGAAUCCGUAGCAGCGUUACUAUGUAAUAAUCCUCUCAGUACACGGCGAUCUGAAAUCUCUGCCUUACGGCCGUUAUACCCAACUCGAAUCUGCUUCAGUUUUGCAUAGACGCCGGACUGCCGGGUUGACUUCUGCACCCAGGUACUCGGGAUCCGAUAUUGCUACUUCUCAUCAUUAUAGCUCUGAAGGCGGCUCAGGUGGAAGUGGUCACCAAGCCUCCACGUCUGUUAAUGGCAGAUUGACCAGGUCUCCAGGCUGUGCAGGAGCAUUGUCAGGAUGGCAGUCCUGUACAUCUUCCGAUUGCUUGUAAAGGGGAUGAAAAAACAGCUCUUUACUAAACUGUGAAACCUGCUUAAAGCUUGGAUAGCGUCGAACCUAUGGGCCACAGUCUUGUUGUCCACUUUGAUAUGUAUGAAGAUUAUGUUAAGCAGGUGGGACAUUCGGCUUACUCUGCUUUCGAACAUUCUUAGUGCCGGGUGAGGUUAGAUAACAAUUUCUGCUGAGUUACUUGUUAAUCCGAAGUUGACCCACCCGACAGCGAACAGGUCCGGGGUCGUCUGCAGUUGGGAUGUUCACCUCGUAAUCUUAGACGAAACUAAAUUCCUUUAACUUCUUUCUGGGAAUCUUCGUGAUGUUGUUCAUGCAACGGAUUUUAACUAGUUACUCGGACAUCAGAACUUCAGGAUACUCUGAUCCAUUUGACUGACAAUGAGAGCCGAAAUAUUUGUGACACGGCGAUCCUUUUACAUUCCCAGCUCUUCAGUGUUCCUAUUUUUCGGCAUGACAUGAUGCUCCGACCAUCUGCUAAGCGCUACAAACGUGAUUUAACGUGAAUUAUGGUCAAUUCGUUUUAAACUCACACCCAAUAGCAAUAGCAAGCACGACUAUAGUGUUUUGAGAUAGUCUUUUCUUUUGAUAUAGUCUGUCCUCUCGACCGAAUUUGUUGGUAAUAUUAAUUUAUCCCAUAGAUAUAUGACGAACGAAGAGGAUGAGAAGGCUAGAAGCGUGAUCUGUUACGUUCGAGCACCGCCGGACUGUUUGCUCAACGACGACGAUCUUAUCGUCAGUUACGCGAACUCCCUCGCUGCGUGGCCCAACCUGCCAGGCAAUUCAGAAGUCAUUGGAAAGUUCGUCUGCAUCCGACCCAGGCACCCCAAAGUCAUUUGCAUCUUGGUAUGAAAUUUAGUACUUAUCGACUACGUAACAGGGAGGCCUUUAAAAGUUUCCUCUUCCUUUGCCUAAUCCAGUACAUGCAAGUUGUUCCCAUGACACCUUCGACAUUCCGACCCGAAAAUAAUUGCUACUGCGUCUUCAAAACGUUUUUGACAAAGCUGAACAUACCUGUGAUGUGAAUUCAUUAAGAAGCCAAGUUUGUACUGCAUCUGACCAUAUAUGCCCAGGACGACCCCGGAAAGACCUCAAAAUUAAGAAACUUUCACACGCAUAACAAAUCCCCUUCUUACUGAACGUUUGCUAAACAAUUUAAAGUAGUUCGAUGUAAACAUCUGGAAGAGGCUUAGGCCGGAUUUCAAGGUUAAUUCCAAAGCAGCCGCACAAUCGUACGCAGUAACCCAGCUAAACUGCUUGCUGGUAGUUGCCUUAUCCUUUAGUCGAGUUGAAUUUCUUUGGAGAAGUUCUAACUUAAAGCCACCCCAAUAAGUUUCUUGCCUACUUCCGCAACUCUUUGCACCUUAGCCAAACGAACCCUGGUACGUCGGCAUUCCCCACAACUACGGAAAAAACCCGACACGAGAAGUUGUAAUCUUCUGGAUGGAGGCAAGCGAAAUGGGUCCACCUGCUGCUCCCACUGACGAAAAGGCUGAAGACAAGGCACAGGCACCUGAGGGAGGCGUAAGACGUCUGCAUUCUUCACAUUUUCUAUGCAAAACUCCAUAUGUGUGUUUGUUCCGUUGAUAUUUCAGCAAUCCUCCUCAUUCAUAGGCAAAACUUCAUUUUGAGUUGUGUCGGGCGUGAACUUUGCAAAUUCCAUGCUCAUCUUCUUAAAUGUGGACUGAGUGAAUGUGUGGGAUGUUUAACGCCACCUUAGGGUGCAUGUAGUGGAGGGUGCCGACUACUUUUUAGGAUGGCCAGCGGACCGCAAUUAUCAAACGGAUGGUAGGUUUGCCUGCAAAUCAAAGAACCCAAAAUCCCAUAUGAGGAAAUCUGUUUAUGCUUCAUUAACACUUCAGUAACCUGGAAAAUGAAAUCUUUCCUAGCUAAUCGUAUGCAAGUAGAAUAGCAUACCUCUGGCGAAAUUCAAGCAACUUGACUGUUCACAAAGCCCACGUUGGCAAUAUUGUGGAGGAACGCUUCCCGGAAUGGUGCUCUUUUCAAACAACGCCCUUUAUGCUGGAAUUGCAGGAAUUUAGUUAAAACUAGUAUCCAGUGAUUAGUUUCGAGUUUUAAGUGAGAAGAAAGGUCGGAUAUAUCAAAUGUUUUACAACCAUUGAUAGGAACGUCAAAGGUACGCCAGCCGACUUCGUCUGGACUUUGUUAAUUGACUGGUCACAGGGUUUCUCCUUCCAUCAACGCCAGACCGGGAAGACAGAAGCCCAUAUGAGCAUCUUUAGCCAUUUCCAUCACUUAUGAACUAGUAAAGGGUGUAGAGACCUGCUUCCUGGGAUGUCGACCAUUUGCAGAAUUCUUGGACUACCUUGCGGCCUCAUUCUGACCAGGAAUAUAUUCAGGUCGAAAAAGUAACUUGCACAAGUGAAAACACCGUUUCUACUUCCGUGGGUUUAUGGAUCGAAAGCUUGAGCGGAGCCUCGGAAAUGGUUUGAAUUUACCAAAGACCCCAUCAGAAGGAGUUAGUGCAGUUCAAAUAACUUCAAACCUGACCCUAAAGGGAUAAAUAAAAUGUUUCUAUGUGUGAAGGCAUCAGUGCGUAAAACUGCACGACUUCCUACGACAAUGUCCCAACAUCUCUGUUGGUGAUACUCUUCACUUUUAGACCGUUCAGUUGUGUUUCGGUGCGAACCGCGUGCCAAAUAUCACUGUCGGGUCCCUUUACAAAUAAAUUCCCUAGCCCAGACGGCUAUUCUUGGCAUAGUUGUUCUUAACUAUGGUCAGUAUGCGCAUUAAUUCUGCAAAAUCAUAACAAAGUUAAACGUGUAUAUAAUUGCGAGACUAUUUUAUUCGGUAAAAAAAACAACCAAAACCAGACAUCCAGCUGCUGCGGGUUAAUGGAGGAUGACGCCUGCGCUGACAGCUGCAGGUACUCGAACUACAAAACGUAAACAGUCAGAGGACACUUAUGUAAACGGGGUGCUAGCUGCUCUGCAAAGUCUCCCCGCCUUCAAACAUCCCGAAGAUAACGAAAAAAAGAAUGAAUCGCAGGUUUUAUGCGUCUGUUUUUCUAAUGAUGAAAAGCUAACGUGUUUCCGUCACUGGAGGCUGCGGUGCAUCAGUGAACGGAUAAGCCUUGAUUGCUGAUUUUCCAAGUCAGCCGUAGGCGCCACUAAACGCUAUGAAAAAAAGACGUGGUGGCUGAAACCAGAAUUUUGUUCACUUUGUGCCUUCCAUUAAUUCCCCAACCUAUCACUAGAGACAGACAAACAUUUAAAGAAGGGACGUUCACUGGGAAAGGUUUAUUUUCACUCUGGCGUUCCAUAUAGUGAUUUCAACUAUCCAUCCCCAGACAGUGGAAAUUCCUGUGCACAGCUCUCGUUAUGGGUAGUGUGUAGCCUGAUAUGCAGGUCGCAAAUGAAAACUGUGGGUUUCACGAAUCUUGGCAGGAAACCGUGAAGGCGUGAAACAAUCGGGGCCGCUCCAUUUAUCGCCGCUGACAAUGAGGGGUGGGGGCGGGACGACGCAGGCCCGGGGUUAGCGGGGGGUCGGCAUUUGAAACCCACACAGCAGACAAAUGAGCCAUAUAAUUAGGGUUGUGCACAUCACUCCCCAGGCUUCGAAGACAGGUAGCCGAAAUCACUACUCGAAACGCCAGAUCGAAAAUAAACCUGUCCCCGAGAACGCUGGUUUUUCUUUUGCCAUGCUUCCUGGGAAUCGCGUAGUCACCUCAAUUACUACAGGCAAGAGUAAUAAGCGUACAACAGUUGCGGCAUUUAUAGGGUGCAUUUUCUGUACCACCGCAUCGCUAUAAAAAUUAACAGCUCUCGCAUUCAUCGACUAUGGUCCUUUUCGGUGCGAUGCUGGUCUGCUCACCCACAUCCAAUUUGUUGAUUGCCGCAAUUCCAUUACCAGGGUUGCUUAUAGGCGUGAUAAUAUCUCGUUCAUUUGUUUCUCUCAACUGGUUCCUGGAAGUCACCUGCUCGCUUGCAUCAACUGUUAAGCAUUGUGGACCACAGUGUCGUCUACCCUUCAAUAAUGAUAGAUUCUGUUGUCUGCGCCUUCCUUUUCUCAUUACUUAAGUCCGGAGAUACCCACCUUUGCUUUUGUUGACAAUAUACUUUAUUGUUGUGUGAAAACAUUGCCCCUAUACCUCAUGCUAUUCAGGAAAAACAAUCUGAAGGGGAUGGUGCAGGAGCCGCUGCCGCCGAAACUGAAGCCGAGAAGGAAGCUGCUCCAAAGCCAAUACCUUGGAACGAUCUCGUAACGCAGGACGUUACUGGAGAGGACUCGCGUUACCUCGAAGUGCGGCUCUCAAAGCUACCAGAAAUCGUCCUGGCUCCAGCGGCACGAAUUCGCCGAGACUCCGCUGAGCUGGGCCGCGGGGGUGGAAAACUCUCCAGCCUUGUUGACAAUCGUGUAAUGAUGACGGUUCCUCAAGGUGCCCUUAAGAUCAAUAUCAUAUAUUCUGUGCAGGUAUGCUACUGCGUUCCCGUUUUCCUUGUGCCCUUUACGAAUAAUGUGCUCUUUUGCUAGGGCUUUCGUCUUUAUGAAAAAUAAGUCCAUUAGGACUCCAAAAUGACGCUUUAAAGUGGUCUUGAUUCAACACAGCACCUUGGUUCCAUCAGCAGGUCAUGAAACAAAACUCAUGCGUCAGACAUGCUAUUGGCCGAGUCACUCGGGCUUGUUCAAAACUAGAUUGUCUCAUAAGCUGACAAAAAGGACGCUUUGAUACAUCUUAAAAGUAAAGACUGAGUUUGCUUUGCGUUUUAGACCUUAUUUGAGUUCGUUGUAUUCCCCUGUAGAUUCUACAAUUUAUAUAUAUCCAGAGAAAUUAAAUAUUGCAUCUGCUAUAUAUGCCCCACACUGUCAGAUGUAACACGUUAGGAAAAUGCAUCCAAAAUUACCGGGCGUCCUUCCCCGAACUCAUCACACUUUUUCUCUGGAAUAACACUUCAUAUGGGACUCUAUUUCGACAGCCAAGGCGGAAAUUUCUAUGUCCCGACCACCUCAGAGGCGCACGCUACCCGUUCGCUGGCCUCACACGAGAAUAUGUAGAAUGUCCUCCGGAAAAAUCCGAACAAGUACACUCUACGUUAUGCCUUCAAGGCUUUUAUCAUAGAUUUGUGGUCUUGGAGCUUCCUGCAAUAUUCCCAUGCCAGCAACAACGGGGGAUAACGCAAACAAUGAAGAUUGGCCAAACGAGAUCGUCGUUUCGUCAAAUUUAGUUUAUUGAUUCUUUAAUUAUGCUUGGAAAUAUCACACCAGAUUGAAAAUGCAUCCAAGAGCUGAGUUACUGAGUUACUGAGUCCCUGAGUUACCCGCCUAGUUAUUUUUAACGUAAAAGCCUCUGGUUGGUUCCAAUAAAUUCUGUUGUGUAUGCGUGUUUCAAAUUCGUGCCGGGAAAUAUUGCUUCAAAAGUUCUCACUAGUAUUAAUUUAGAAUAAAUAUUUGGCGUAUAUAUGUACUACUGUUCAUUUACAAGUGGCCUUUAGCCAUUUUAAAUCGGAUCUGAGAUUGUAGAGGCCUAGCCGAAUAGGUGGUCUCAAGCUUACCAAAAUUCCUUGGAAAUUUACCUUGUUUCAGGUGCAAGUUAUAAAUCAGCAUCACGCACAACUACUGCGAGACCAGAAUCUGAAUGUCAUGGCUCAGUUCAUUGCAUGCAGUCCGCUCGUCAUCAUAUGUAAGUCUCUAUGUAAAGCUAUAUGGCCGUCUUUGCUGACACAUCUUCAGCUUUACGAGAAGGUAGUCGUCUCAACUGCACGAAUAAGUUAGCACACCUAGAUUAUACUUUUAAGAAACAUUAUGAACAAAACUCACCGGUCUCAGUGGCAAUUUCCGCCAGAGUUUAUGGUGACAAAGACACAAAAUAUACUGAAGUGGAGGAAAUAAUGUACUACCUAGCUUUCCAACUGACUCAACGCCAGCGACGUUAUGCCGGCUAACGACGAACAGUAUUCAAGUCAUGGCAGUUGUUCGUUUUUCCAUUAAACUUUGUUGAUGCAUUACUUUGAACUAACACUCCUACCAUGAAAACAUGCACAGUAUGCGGGAAAUAACAAAUCACCUGAACCCUUUCCAGAUUACCCUCUGGUCUUCGCGCGCAUUCGUUGCGUUUAGCGUAUUAGUUGCGCAUUUCCACUUAUUCACCGACCGGGAUUUCAAUCCCAACGAUCCCAACUACUUUAGUAUAUAUCUCCUUCAUUCUGAAUUACCGAACUUCCCUUGACAGUUCGACCAUCGCAGACGUUGGGUUCCACAGCCUGGCGGGUGCAGGGACGGUGACUUGCGAGCGAAUUAGUUUAAAAUUGUCCGGCAUCCUUGUGUACCUUUCUGGGCCCGGUGGCCAGGCUAAGACAGGAAGGCCGGAUUUUUAAUUAAGCGCAGAGACUGAUAAAGCUAAAAAAAACCGUCCGCGCGUCUUUUCGCGCACGACGGACCAGGGUUCCACAGAAUAAUGAAGUGGUCAGCUCGAAUCCCAUCGGAAUGGGAGGUGGUGGGUGCUUCCGGUGUGUGAAAUGGAGUGGGUGUAUGUGUAAGCUAUGGGCUGGUGGAGAAACGUGUUUUUUGUAGGAUUUAAACUGUGGUGGCGUCAAAGUAACCUGUAAACUGUUCUUGCAGAUGCAGAAGUAGACAACGGUUCCACACCUUCGUGCAACUCCAGAUUUGAGAUGGUAUUAACGACCUUCGAUUGCAAGAUUAUGUAUUGUGCAGCGACGCAUUUCGGCUAUGAUUCAUCCUAGCGUCCUGUCUAACUCAAUAAAAGACUAUCUUACCGUGUUCGCGAUCGUCACGCAUGUUACAAGUGCAUGCAAAUUCCAUAAUUUGCUCCGUUCACGUCCUUAUUCUAGCCUUAACAUCUCCUUUUCCAACCGUUCGGUCGCAACACGUUGAUGCACCUGCAAACUGGACGCUUUCUCGGCGGGGCACUUGGCAUACCGGUCUGAUCUCUGCCCGACUAAGUCUUACGUCCUGGCAUUUAUGAUCUCCUUCGUUAUCCCCGAUCUCUUAUGUGAUAUACUUAGAUGGAAAACGGUAGUUCCUUAAUGUACGAAAUAAGCAUUUGAUGCGUGGUAUCCAUGAUUCACCGACAAUCAUGAGCUUUAGAGGACAUAAGAUGCCUCAGCGAUUAUGAGGAUGGGAAUAUUCUGGCAUCUUCCCGUUUUUUCAGCACAGCCGAUAAGUUUUUGGGGGCCGCAGAAGGUUUUGUAACGAAUUUUUUAGUCAGUCACGAGCGCGACCCCUCACCUGUUGAAUCAUAACUUUCGAAGUAGGCCAACAGCGUCUAACCAUAUGUGAUAAAGCCGGCGCUGAAGGAACAAAAAUACUGAGUGAAUAAAGGUAGCACGUUGAUUGGUCGCGAUGGGCGUACAAAAAGAACAUAUCGACCGCAUUGAUAGUGGAAAAAGUAGCAUUCCCGGGCGGUGCAAACUAUGAGGAAAAAGGGAUCAGUAUGGCAACUGCAUCUAAGGUCAGAAUUUUCUGACGACGUAUGCGGUAAACCAUCAUCAGCAACAGACACACUACAAGGACUGGGGUUUACUAUUCCGCACGCCGGUCCGAGCACACGGGCUUUCAUGAGCCCGUAGGGUUCACCGCCCCAAUCUAACCGGAAGAUCAUGAGAUGAUUGUUGAGGAUUGACCGUCAGUCGUGGUCUAGGCGUUCGUAAAAUCGUGUCGGUAAACAAGCAAGCAUAACAAUGCAAAUACGUCAUCGAUGAGGAUGAUGAUGCACAUUCCUCUGGACACCCUUCUCAAUACUUAUUCUGCUCACCGUCUCGCACGGAAAAACAGUGUUUGCUACAUAUAUCAAGUUAAAAGCACUUGAUUCCUCAUCGUACUCUGGGCAGCGAUCGCCGCAUGAUAUCUAGUGUAGCUUAGACAACGGCACCACCUCUCAACCUCCAUUAAUUAGUAUGUUUGCCUUGAAGGUCAUUCAGGCCAGAAAUAGAGAUCAAAUAUGUCCAGCUUCUGUUUGUAGCCGGCCCGAAGAAGAUUUUGUUUAAGCCGGCCACAUUCGUCCUCCCACUCACGGACGCCAACCCAACAACACAAACUGUAAUUAUGUCCAGCGCUACCAUGCCUGACGCGUUCAAGUCAACAAAAACGACCGUAGUUGAGACUGAAGACAACACUGGCUCCGGCUCCGGUAAGUACAACUUCCAACCUUCCUCACAUUUUCUUCAAUGCUCAAAAGCACAGCGUAUUUCGAGGAAGAUAAAUAGCACGAAAUGUUGAUUGUCAUUGUUGCAGCCUUAAGUUUGCAUCGAAAACUAGUCUGUAUACGCCUAGAUGUAUUACGCUGUCUGACGGCUGAACUGGAAGUCUUACAAUCUCGAGUCAGUGACAAGUAAUUAUAGUUGUAAGUUAACGAACUACUUGUCCACCAUCGAUCAGUCCUUAUCUGUGAAUUUCUUAGAUCGGAUAGUCCUGUCUUUAAACGACAUGUUUUGUAACUCUUGCGGUCCCAAUUUGGUCCGCUGUGAGCGUGUUAAGGACGCAAUUGUACUUCGUCACGUAAAUUCUUUUAGCAAGGGGAUUGGCGCAGUAAGUAAGCUCUCUAGUUAUUCCCCCGGGAAGACAAAACCUAUCUCAUGGAUUAACCAUUUUGAGUAGUGGAAACGAAGAUCUCUUACGCUAGUGUAGCCAGUAGUGCUUAUUGGUGCACUUGCUGAAAAUUGUUAAGUAAACUUCCCGCCUGAAUUGAACCAAAACUGCGGUUUUUGAAACGUUCGUCGGAUUCGCAUGCUGGGCCUGCCCCGAUCUGUGUAAAAUGAAAUGCCAGUGUAAAGGUUCAGACCAGCCGUAUCAUACGAACAAUCUUAACACCGUCGAAUUAUGCUCUGUAGGAGUCAUGGCUUUAGCAUUGCAACGACGGUCUUUCAAAGAGCCCCAGUAGGAACUGGAAGCUGCGUAGCCGUUACAUCGAACCUAGUAUUAUCCUAACUCAAACAAACAGAAACGACAAGACGGGCAAAACCUGUUAAUUGGUAACCUUGUCCAAGAUGCAGGAUAUGCUGGUGGCUUGAUGCUUUGCCCUCUUCCAGUUUUGUUCUGAUUAUCUGCAGCCAGAAAUGCGCAAAAUUGCUAAACUAUGCAAUCGCAUAAAUGAAAUGCAGGCACUCCUUGUCAUGAUUCUUGCAUCAGUUAUCCUAAAACGGCCAUGACAUGCCUUAAGAAUUCAAACGGACAUAGGAAGUUGUACCCACAACUUUACAGUGUCUCCUUCCAGUAGUUGGGGCUAAUUCAAACCAUUCCGUCAAAAUAUCUCUUUGUUCAAAGAACCAGGCGUUUUGGGAGGAAAAUGAGUGAGACCGACAAGGCUAGUCAUCCUUCGUUUGCAUGUUAUCCGACAAGAAAAUGGAAUAAGAGAUUGUAAAUGUUUUGUUUCGUCAAACCCAGUAGUUCUAAAAGAAGGACGCAUAUCAUUCCCGUCUUCAAGUCAUCGCUCUAUGGCUGGCCCAACUGCCUCGUCGGCUUUGGUCUAGAUCUGUUGGGUUUCUGAAAUACCAUGUGUAGCAUAUGCUACGCUGCUGUAUUAGUUUUCAUGUCAUCUCUGAAAAUAAUACGAAAUAUGGGAUCUAACUAUAUUCAGGAUAUUCAGAGUUUUAAGUCGAACUCCUCCAACUAUAAACGGAGUUCUGCAUAUUAUCAUUAUUUUGAUUGAUUUUCAUUGAUUGACAUUCGUGACUUUCAGCAUAUUUUCGAAUUGUUUAUGCUUUCUAGAUGAUGAGGGUAAAGUGAAGAAGAAUGAGCCAAUAGUACUGGACCCAUUCCAAAGAUCGUUACUGCUCCCAAAGUUGCUUGCGGGCGCCAGUUCCAGUCACGCUGAGGUCACUCUAUUGACUGCAGGUUUGGAAGAUUCUAACUGGCUGCCGUGGACUUCGCCUGAGAUUGUUGAGCAAAAGAAUUCUGAUAUCUGCAUUUUUAACUUUUCGCGAUUGGAACCUCGCAAGUGCGUCCUCCACGAAAUGCUCAAUAUAACUUUAUUUGGUCAUGGUUUGCAGAUAGUCAUGUGGGGUGGAACUUAAUAAUUCGAUUACUUAGUGAAGUUGAAGUAAUAUUGAAAGAUAUUUACCGUUUGACCACAAAGCAGACUUCCUAAUGACUAGGAAAAACUGUAGUACAACUCUUUUGUAAAACGCCCUCAUAUUAAAACUAAUAAUGAAGGACAAGGACCGCCUUAUGAUUUAGACUCCAGCCCGGAGGCAUGUACUUUAAAAAUUUUGGAAAACUUGAGCAUAGCGUGGUUACCCUUUCGCACAUCAGAAAUUACAAAUGGGAGCAUCAUAAUAAAUAAAUCAAGGGACAGUAAUCAGUAACCUUUUAUCUCGCAACUCACUUUCACAUGCCGCUUAAGCAUCUUACCUGGGGUAGGACAUUAUAUUAGGCGGUUUUGACAUUUUCUGUGAUAAACGAAGAAAUUUCCAACAGGCCAAUCGUUCGACUCUGUCAGCGGUGCUUCAAAGCGUCUGCUACUAGGCACUUUAGUCAGCCUUAAACAAUGCGCACCGGACCAAAAAGCAUAAAGUGCCGGUCGUCGAGUCACUAAUUGGAUUGUGCGAUUCUGGACGAGAGCUGCCUACUUUACGGCAUAAAUUUUUUCUCCAACACCAUUUUUGCUUCCAUAACAACCGGAUGUAAAGUGCUUCUGUCGAAAAAGCCUCUCCAUUUGCGCAUUUAAAAUCAGAGAUCAGUCAGCACAUCCUUUAAUCUAUGUAGAGUUUUCAAAAGCUUUUGUUUUACAAAAUUAUGCCAGUCCUCAUACGUCUCCAGUUUUUAAAACCCACUUAGUAUCAUGAUUUUGAGGAGGUAGCUAUUUUUCACUCUUCAGAAUUAUGAAGGAGGCGGUCAGAAUAUUAGUAUCCUUUCAUCACAGAAAAUCUCCACUUCAAAAAAGCAAUGCGCACGAAAGUAAAUUUGGUUAAUCUGGUAUUGGCCAGGACCGAACAUGCGAAUACGUGUUAUCGCGAGAACAUGCCUACGUAUUUAAUUUAAGUAGGCAUGUCAUGCUAUGGUUUGUCGUGGUAAGGCGUUUGCAGUUAGAAUUAGGAUUUAGGGGUGGCGUUCGGACUACGCGGUCAGGGUCUAUCAUUCAAGAUUAUGAUUAAGGGUUAGAACUAGCCUUAGGGCUGACGUUAGCAUUAGGUUAAAGAUUAGAGUGAGGGUUGGGGUUAGGGCUGAAUUUACCUGCCACAUACUGUCUUUACAGAUCCGGCUAUCGCUAACCAAUAGCAUUGGUUGCCUGUUUUUCAUCCAUCUACGCGCUCUUAAGUGGCAUAUUAAAAAUUGCACAUCUAUUACGGCAUCUCGCUGAAGAAAUGAAACAAACGUAUGACGGAAAUGCUAAUAUUCUUGAUUAUUUCUCGGACUGCAUUUAUUGCCUCGUUCGAAUGCCCUACUCAAUAAUCUAACGAUCAUUCCCGUUUUACAGGAGUCGCUGUGGUCUACUUUCUCAGCGUACUUAUAUAUUCGAUCCUUGCUCAAAUAUCCCUUGGCAGUCUAGACAACGUACACGAUACGUUAACCGUAUUGAUUGGGGGGAUAACAAAGGCAUGGGAAUGUAGGGAGAACGGUUUGCGCAGUAUCAAGCAAAAUCUCUCUUCCCAUUCUGGACAAAGAACAGGUCACAAUCCACUAAACAUAAGACUAGACGCAGUGGAUGACUUGGCAUUUUUUCACCUCUUUUACCGGUCGCUCGGCUGACAAGAGGGAGCCACUGGAAUCUGGCUCUCAGCCGCUGGGGUCAACCUAUCCCCCGAUUCGCUAAUUUUAUAACCAGGAUUUUGCGAGCGCUGUGAAAGCCAAAAAAGCCUGUCAGGUAGACCAUUUUGGAGGUAAGACGACACAGAAACACUCUGACUCUCUCCCCCUGCCCAAACAGACUGCUGACAAGACGGAAAUUAGGCCGAACAAAGAAGACGUCCCACACAAUAACCAACCUGACAUUAAGCCCCGAGUUUCAUCAUUAGCUUGAUAUCUUGCACACACAAUCGUUCGCUAAUUACGGGCGAAGCAGUGACAUGCUCGUAAACUGCAUUACAAUAAGCGAAGCUUGCUCAGCAGAGAUCACUGUCUUCUCAUACUCGAAGAGCGACUCAAGAAGAGAGAUGGAGAUGUUGGGUGCAGUGUAUAACCAGACAUUUCCCCGUCUUUCGAAUGUCGAAUUACUUUUUCCUCUGUUAAAACUAGCCAGACCUCACAUACAAACCUGCUAGAGUCGAACUUGGAGUCCGGCUACCCUUCUCCAAUCUAGCCUACGGUGGGGAUCUGCAAUUGAAUGUGAUAUCGUCGCAAAUCACAGGUUGGUGGGGCAAUGGAUAGUUGUCGCGCACUACGUAGACCAACGACUAUUUCUCAAUCAAAUGUAUGUUAUGAUUAGGAGCGGCUGUCAUUCUGUCGGAAUGAUAACCUCUACCCUGCAGCCUCAUGCAUCUUACACAGGCAUCUCUACAUGCACAAGACCGUCCUCCGUCUUCUUUUUGCUACUGCAGAAUACUGUGCAUAAAAUCGAGGACGGUGAUGGAUCCCGAGAGUCUUUUGCAGACAGCUACCAUCCUGGAGCGCAGUCUUUCCCAACGCAUGGUCUACUUCAUACUUCGUCAAAUGUCCAACAACCCCAGCAAAAUAUGCCUGGCAAUAUGCUUGGCCCAGAAUCUUGACAAGACGUUGGGACAGUUGGCAACGGCGGGCUACACAGAGGGAGACAAGCCGACUGGUCCUCUCUUCAUUUACGAGCGUCAAGUUUUUGAGGUCGCCUUUAAGGGUAAUAUCCGUCCCAAGAAGGGUGGCCCACGAGAUUCACGUCAUUUGUCAAUGGAUGAUGGCCCAAUGCGUAUAGCCUUUAAUUCUGCCUUGCAGAACACUUAUAUGGUGAGUUCUGUGUUUAACAAGAAACGGGUUAACCACUGAGGUGAUAAAGAUGGAAAGCGACCCCAGACAUGCCUGUCGCGGAAGUGGGACUUAAAAUCCUCCGCCGUCUUUCGAACAUCUUCAAAGAUAAGGCAGCCUGGCAUAAUGUGUUUAUUUCCUUCCAACGCGCACUUUUUAGAUUUGGUGGAGAUCCUGGCCAUAAACCGUAAUGUUCGAACCGUUAAAUAACUACGAUCCGACCAACUACUCUUCCCUUGAAAUCCUAAAAAACAUUCUACUUUAUUCCUGGAAAACGCCUAGUAGACAUUGGUAAAGUUAGCUGAUGUGCUUCCUAUCUCAGAUACAUUUACGUUUUAGUUCUUGCUGACUCAGGUGAAUAUUUUCCGAAAGAAAAGCAAUACCACAUAGUUCUGUUAACACAUUUAUAAUUAGAUUUCCUUAGUUUCCAUAGUGGGUAUUUUGUAUUUUCUGGCAGUAAUUUUCCUAAAUUCCAAUCAACUCGGAAAAAAGCGUAGAAAGGCCACCUAAUAUGUGUGGUCUUACAUGAAUUGAGCACGAGGACCACUUUCAGUCUACAAAGUAGCUUAGUCGGCCUCUUUUUACCGGCUGUUGUACCACAUGCCACAGAUGCUAUUUUUCAUGUCAUUGAUAAUAACAGCAUUGGUAAUGGAGAAAUUACUUCCACUAACACAACCAACACCUAUGCUCUUCUAAGUCCUUCAGAUAUUUACACUUGAAGCAUUUCAGGGUUACGAUUCAACCUCGCGCCAGAAGUGCAAUGUGCCCGCAUUCAACUUUCAUGAAAAGGGGGAGGGAACAGAGGACCUAGUUUUCUUAGUAUUAAACCUCUACUUUCGGUCGAACAAUUCGACAUGUCCUCCAGAUGUACACGUCCGGAACUGCGACACAGAAACUGCGAGUUUUAUGGUAAUUUGGCAUCGGCUUAUCAUCACACUUUUACCCCAGCUUUCCAGUUAAGUGAAUAAGCAACUAAUGCGCAAAACUUCUGUAACGUAUUUAGACCUACGCCAGCACUUUCGGCCGUGGCGGGGUGUCUUACGGAGCGUGACCUGACUGACCUGAAUAGAACAAGAGCGGUCGGAGUUUUUGAAGAUUACGACUUUCUUUUCCAUAUAGCUCUUGACACGCUAUAGAGAAAAGUGGCAAUUUUUCCAGUUGAGGCAGAAAUGGAAUUUCCUCUAUGUCCUUUCCGUUAAUUCUUCGUAGGCCGCGAAGUCGUGAACAUCCUCUAGUAGAUUUUUGGUAAGUUGAGCAGCCGAUUAGAACAAAUUCACAGAGAACACUAAUGAUGACAAUUUGAAGCACCUCUUUCCGAAAAUAAAUUGGACCUGUAAAAUUCUUGGCAACUUGAGACACGCGUAUAAGCCAAAAUAGAGUUCGGUGUACACACGGUAAUAUUGAUAGAAUAAGCUAACAAUAAAACAAAACGUACAAAUCUCAACAAUGGAUGCCCUAGACAAAGAAUUCCUUUUUUAAUGUUCGAGCAAAUCAAAGUCCCGGUUUAAGGUCAGAAUACAAAAACUAAUUAAUUAAAAGAACGUCGAUCACGUCCGAAAAAGCGUUACAAAAAGGGAAAAUGGGAACGUCAGCAGGGACCAAAUGUGUAAGCGCUUGCGAGCAGAGUGUGGAGAAUUCCAAGCGUUGACCAGAUGGAUACAACAGGACCAUUUGGCACUUCUUGGCAACUCGAUUGCGCGCUUACAUAUUUACACGUGUUAUAUGAGCUUUUUAUCUUCUGACAUUAUAAAGUGUCUUGUUAGGAAAGGGUGAGAAAAAUAGUACUAUGGAAAAUAUUAAAAAUUUCUUGGAACGUAGGAUAUAGCGUCUAAUACUAUACUUGAAAUAAUGGAAUAUGUGUUGAGGAGCGACAGGGUUGUACGAAUACAUGGCUUCAAGUCUCUUUUUAGACAUCGACAAUUCGCUCGUGACUGUGUCAAAAGAUCCCGAUUUCUUUGAAGAGCACACAACGAACUCUAGUCGAAGACCUAGGUAACAUGACACGUAGCGACACCGUUCUGCCCAACACUGUUUCUGUCCACCCUAACAGUAGGUCGUUCCAUCGACGUCGUUGCUGUACUUACCAUCGUCCCAGUAAUAACUCGCGAAAACAACCCCUUAGGAAAUUGUGUGGCCUUCUUACGCUUUUUAUCUUGAGUUACGCCUACCUGUCACUGACAGCUUCGCGUGCCCAAAUUGGGAAGAGUAGUCGGGCCGUGAUUUGUUAAUUCCUUAUGAAGACUUCACUUAUCCCCUUAAGAAUAUUGACGGUCUUUGAUCCGUCACUCUGGUCACCUUUUCCUGGCGCCUUCGAGCGACUUCUCGCAUUUUCCAUUUUGCUCCCAAUAUCUGUCCCUUCUUUCAUGGAAUUGUAUGUGGGAUUUACCAAGGUUUGUGAGCGUCUGUUAUGCCAUGAUCAGCAAACCAUGGCCCUCGCAGCCGGAUGUACUCUCGCAGUUCUCCGGUAUCUGUUUCUCUGGCAGUAGAUGUGUUUGCGCUCCCGCUGGGUAUGCAGUUCAUGUGCAUGGCUGCCCAGUCAACCACAUCCCUGCUGUUGCUGUUGUUGGUCAAAAUCCUGGUUAAGUGUUUGUCGUGGACCAGGGGGUGUGGUGAUCUGCCUAGGUGCGGGUCCGGCCGUGCCGAUCACCCGUGCCCUCUAGCCUCCCAUCUUCUUGAGUCCGUCUUGACACUGGCCCCAGAUGGGGAGGAGGUGGUGCGAUAGAGGCUGUGCAAGUCUACUCCCAUUAUAAGCUAGUUCAUGCGCAAGUCGCCGUGCCUGCUUCAUCUUGCUGUGGAGCAUACGGUGGAGAUCGUCAGACGCGACGGUCGAGCUAUCAUAAAAUUAGUGCUAAAUGUUACACGCACAUGUAAAUCCAUAAAAGAUCCGCACCAGUCAAGAAAUUAUUUCAUUUACAAAAAGUAUUUUGAGAAGACGGACUGCAAUUGUUGCUGUGUUUAUGCAGAAUGAUUUGCCUCGCCUUAUCUUGGAACAAUCCGAUUUGCUCGGCAGCUGUCGUCAAUGCACUGGCGAAAAUAUAUAAUCGACAAAUUACACUGCCCUGGCCAAAAAAUAAAGUGCGAAUUUACAGACUGGUGUUAAGCUACUUAGGUAUAGCAUUUUUUCGACAAACCAAAAUUCAAAAAAGGCACAGAGUGACAUCAAACACUCAAAAGUCUACAUGUGGACCUCUUGGAUUCUCGUUUCAGUAGAAGAAAACGCGUUAUAAUUAAUAUGUUGGUAGUAUUUUAUUACCGACAAACACAAGGGAGACUGGAAAGGCCAUUUCUAGCUUUUUAGCCGUCGUCAGCCAGUAAUGCCCAAUCCCGAAGUGUGGAACACCCGAGACUCGAACUCUCGACCUGCUAGUUAGAAGUCGCCUACCAUCAUAAUGCGUUUGUGAUCAUCCAUUUUCAGAGGCCAUUUCCUACCUCAAGCGGAUACAUCUAAGGACGUAGCUGACUCAAAAAACAACUUCUAUCCAAAGACGUGAAGAUUUCGUGGUUUAUAUCAAUCAGAUCUUGUCUCUCAUUCCGGUAGAGGCACGGGCGUAGGUACUCCCUUCAUACUACAGGCUGACAUCCGCUGUAUUUCAGGGGGGCCAUGGUUGGGGUUAGUAAAAAGAUUGGGGCUAACGGUAGGAUCAGUAGAGUCAGUUUUGGAGUAAAGGUUAAAGUUUGAACAUGGCAAUAGGUAUCUCCUUCGGAAUUUCGCAGAAGUCCACCUACACUAUGGAGCGCAGGUUUCUUCACCUGUACGGCGAAAAAUAGUUAGAGAAGAGAAAAGAGUUUCGUUUUGCUUUACCCGAUCAAACAUAAACGCUUAACAUCAUGCUUUUGACUUCAUUUUCAGUCGUUUUUACUAACUCCACAUAUUUUGAUUUGGCCCAUCGUAUCUGUUAAAACAGGGCUACAAAUUUAAUGUCUUGUGUCAUUUCCCCCCUACCCAGGUGGAUGUUGAGGAGUGCGAUUCAAGUGCUCAAGUAGCCUGUGAAAAGUUUCGCGGCUUUCUUGAAGUCACCUUCCAGCACAUGGUGAAAAAACCAGCAAAAAAGAGGAAAGGUGCUCGCACGGUUGGCAACAAGAAAUUUGUCAUGGAGUUGGAAACUGUACUUCUAUGUCAGCUUCUUAUAAAACUUCCAAAGCAACCUUCGGAACAGGCUGGAGCCUGUGUCCUCCAGCCAUUCACUCUUGUUUCUAAAGGUCUGUUGCUUUCAUUACUGCUUUAGUGCUUUAAUUCGCCUUCCUGGUGCUUAAACACGUGAAAAUGCUAAUUUCGGAUAGCAACAUUGUACGACGAGAAGUUUUAUUUGUCUGGCGCUCCAUAUUCCUACUCGGAUACAUCAUUCGAGGUGAAAGCGCAAGCAAGCAGAGAGACAUGGGAGAUGCAGCAUUCAUAUGAUGACGUCACUACACAGCUGCUUGCUAAGUGGCAAUAACGGUGAAGGCACGGCGCUCAGCUGGCCGCGUCGACCUAAUGCUUGUCGUACCGCUUACAAACAUCUGCAGGGAGUUCUCGACGAUCGGGGUUUUGGGCGGAAGUUCCCCCACCAGCAGAAAUGCGACUGCAUAUCCAUCCUGUCCCAUUUCUACCGCAACUUCAUUUCUGCCUCUGAUCAUACGUGGGGUUUCGGGAGGGUAAAUCUUCUUAGAGUCUAUGGCAGCUAAAAUAGUGGGUGUUGCUUAACCAUUGCAAUUAUUAGACUGAGACUCACUUAUAAGGAGAAGAUGGGAGGCACCUGAAUGUGGUAGUUCCUACGUAACGUGGUCUGUUGUCAUGUGCCCCCGAACGGGCUACUCGAUCGAUGCGCUGGACCAACACGGGAUGCACAUUGGAUUCUGACAGGCGUUAUCGGGGUUUGGUGGCAGGCCCAGCUGUCGGCCCACGUCGCGCUAACUGGGAUCUCUGUCUCCUCAUUGUUGUUUUUGAUUAAAAUCCAGGUCAAGUGUUUGUUGUAGACCAGGUGGUGUGGUGAUAUGCCUAGGUGCGAGUCCGGCCGUGCCAACCACCUGCGUCCCCUCCGGCCUCUGGUCUUCUUGACUAUGUCUUGACACUGGGCCGAGGUGGUAGGAGGUAGGGCGGUAGAUGAUGCGUAAAUCGACUUGCACUAUAAACUAAUUCACGCGGAAGUCACCGUGCCUACCUUACCUUGCUUUGGAGCACACGGUUGACAUCGUUGAGUCACGACGGUCGAACUGUCGGUCUGCUGUUAUGGAAGAGUGAGAGUUAGAGUGUUCAAACGGGCCUCCAAGAGAAGGGGCCGGUUAUUCCGGCCAGGGUGUUAUGCGCUGCACGUGACAUUGUUGGCUGUUGCAUUUUCCGCGCAUGUAUGUGCAACGUUAAAGUCAGUAGGCUAACGUGCCUGGGACUGAACGAAGGUGUUUUGCAGUAUGAGCCUUCGCGAUGCUGGUGCUUGACCUUGAGGCAAUGGGGCAUCGAACAAGGACGUGAGCGGCACAACGAUAAUGGUCGACCACAAGAUUGAUUCUUCGCAGUAAUAGCUUGUUCAGUAAAAACCAUUCAUUUAUACCCUCCUGCACUUUAGACGCCGUUACCGACGAUUAUCUUGAAGGUCUGGCCAGAAAACUGCUUGGCGACACAUGGAGACGACUAGGACUGGCUCUGAACAUGACGAAAACGCAAAUUCAGGCUGUUGGCGGUCGAGCUGAAUCGGCCGGAGAGAAUAAGGCCAUUACGAUGCUCCACAGUUGGGUUAAGAACCUGCCGCUCGAAGCUGAUAGGGUAAGUUUAUGGUGAUAUUUUUGGGGCACAAAUUGCAUGGAUUCAGGAGGAUGUAUUAGACGGAGAUUGUGAACGUACCGGUUUUCCACAAAAAUUAAGCAUCCACGCUAUAAGUCGUUUACCAAAAUUCAACUCGAUAUUUUAAAUUCAGUUUUUUUAGAGCUCUGAGACAGCUGUUCAGUUUAAGUCCAAUUAGCUAUAGAAAUUAGUUAGCUAACUACCCUAUACACAGGCUGAAUAUUUGCGCACAGACUUUGCUAACUUUCUGAAGACAUGAGAAAAAACAGUCAAAAAGCCUCAAGUUUUUUAGCAUCUCCAUCUUAUUUAUAGUCAGCUGGAGUCAUGAGAAUGGACUAAUGACGGCUGUAGAGAAAAAUUACUAGAAGUUCAACGAGCCAGAUAACGUAACUAGGUCAAUGUAACCAGGAAACGAAGCAACAAGGAAUAGGAAGUCACUUAUAGAAAUCGUUUAUGCAAGCAUUCCACGAUGCUGGAGGCUAUUGCACAGGGAAGAAGCACGGGAAUAGGCACCCCUUAUAGUACGGGUGGCCUUGAGUUAACUUCCAGGGAUUAAAUUCCGAUGUCCUAACCGCCUUUGGUGAGGGCUAAAUUCCAAGAGGGGUUAAAGAUAGUGUUGGGGUUAGGUUUUUGGUCUGGAUUUUAGUCGUGACUUUAGUAAAAUUUAGGGCUAAGACAUGGAAAUAAGUACCUCCCCCAUAAUUUAAUUCGAAGCUACCGGUAGUACGGGGAAUGCAUAGUCACUCAUGAGUAACCAUAAUGCAGGCCAGCGAUUACAAUAAUGGUUAAUCUAAUUAUUCGAUUACAUCGUUCAUUCGGGACGAAAAAAUAAGUCUCGUUUGUCCCGCGAAGCUUACAUACCGAUUUUUCACUCUCUUCAUUUCGGUUUAAGAAUGAAACAAUUAGAGUAGCUAUGACGAAAGUACCCUAAUAAGCAUAACCAACAAUGAAAAUUGACCUCACUGGCCACUCGUACACUAGUCCCAGGCUUGGAAGACCCGGCUAUUGAUCGUUGGUACAUUUGGCCAUUGAGUAGGUGGCUGUGGUACUAGAGCGAUGGCUCACGUCCUAUCGGCUACGAUUAAAGCAUUUGAAAACUCAAUGCUAUUGGAUGCUCGGAUCGUGGAUCGUAGGGCGGAAUAUAGAUGUUUCGUCCGGUCUUGGAGUUCCGGUCCUGAACCUUUGCAGACACUCGCAUGGUAACGCACAACCAAUGAUCAUGAGAAACCGCUUAUUUGAUUGGCAGUCAGCUGUUUUUACUCUGGAAUUUUACUACCCAACAAAAACCCGGUUACCGAAUGUACAUGGCUCUAUCUUCCGACAAACAUCGUUACUGUCUGCAGGCUAUUUACUGCAGCCACAUCAGAAGGAACAAAUUACCCUGGAGGCAGCGGCGUGUGUAAAAGUGUCAAUCAGAGUAGUGCAAAUUUGCAGGCUGUUUCUAGCACAUUAAAGCAAAACGCUUUGCAUUACUACAAUGCUAACUUCACAGGCGGCGGAUAUAGGCCGUGCGAGUCUCCGCUGUAACACUCCAAACGUACGUGUAUGAGGUAAUAAGUCGCGUCCGCCAUGUCAUUGCCUACCUCCUACAUAUCCUGACGGCUAGCAAAUUAAAAUAAUUUUGAAUGCGUUCGCAGCAGACGCUCUUGUUGUUGGUUACUGACUUCAUGUGGACAGAAUCACCGUUUAGACUAACAAGUAUGCUAACAACUUCUACACUUUUGUCUUCUAGGGAAGAAAAUUUCUGGUUUAGGACAUGAUAAGAAUCACCGCUUUCUUUUUCAAGGAAAACCUUGGUGUCAGUUUUGGCAAUAUCCUUCAAUAAGGCGCUAGGCACAUGGUCUAGCUCGUAACUCAUAAGUACUGGGCCAUUCUUUGUGAGACACUUCGAACCACUGGCAUCGCACUGAGAGAAUUAUUCGCUGCCGGCCGGUCGACCCACCACCACUUUCCUCUCCUAAAUUUUCUCAGCAUCAACUGCCAUCUGCAUCAACUAGCGGGUAUUUCUGUUAUCUUGACGAGGAAGACGUGUCUAUAUUAGCCCGAGAGAGAGUGAUCUGUUGCGUUCGAAAGGGAAACUUCUUGUGUGCAGAAGGGUUGGCAGUUAUAUCCGAUAACGCAAUAGAUACUUGACGUAAUUUUUAACGUGUGGUAAUUCUAAUUUUUUUUGUUAAGCAGGCUAUAGGAAGUAGCGAGAUCACAAAACGGAAAAGCGUUUGUUGCAAGAAGAAUCCGACUGCGCAUCAUUAACUUCUCCUUCGCAGUUCUUGCGUGGUCCUACUUCGAUACAGUCGAGUAGUUAAUCGGCCCGCAGAGUACACUGCAUAUCACUACUUUCUUACCAGCUAAAAGCCGACCUCCACAUGAACGAAGGCAGGGGAAAGUAAAUUCAUUUGGGGUGGAAAUGCUUGCACAAAAGUAGAGAACCGCCUGAUAUCUUCUGAAAGGUCAGGAGGUCCCUCCGUGAAUCUUACCAGAAUAACCCUUAACAGACCGUCUUGUCAUACCAAAUACCUUAUCCUCAGAUGGCUAUGAUCGGUCCCUUCAAGAUUUAUGCGUUAUCAGGCCUAAACAAGAACCCCAAAGUCACGAGUCUGACAGCGAGUUAUUACCCUCGGACCAGAGUUCAUCGGUGCAGACUCUACUAGUAUGAGUGGGCGUAGAUUAAGUGGAACACUCUCAGAAGUGAAGUGGCUGACAACGGGGAAACCGUGCAAGCGGCGGCAGGGGACAGCAUAUGGAAACUCGAGAAUCACAGCUAGGGCAGCAAACGUUUCAGUCCUUAUACUGCUCAUAACGACCACAGACGCUGCGGCCGAAGGCUGGCAGGCGCGUAUUUUUCGGAAGUCUGCGACCUGAGUAACUCAACAGGACGGUGGUGCUGGCAGUCAUGGGAGCAACAGGCAGGUCUGGAAGUGAGUUCAAUUUGUUGACAAUUAACCUGUGGACAAGACAGAGCAUUAUGUCGAGGCUAAAAGGUAUGUCCUGAUUGCUGUCACUAGUUACAGUGCGUUAGAUCGUAAUAAAAACUCACUGAGCCCUUGCCAAUUUUCGCCAAUCCUCAGCGCGUUUUUUAGGUCUGAACUGGUUUCUCGAAUUUUCCAGCAGAAAUAGAGCACGCGCUUGACUUGAGCGCACUCCACGAGUUUGCGCUUAGAGGUCGCUACUCACCUUCAAAUACUUGUCAGGGCGGUCCACUCCUCUUUAUCACCCACGGAAAUCUGAUUGGUGGUCAUUUUAUAGUCGGCUAAGGAGUACCUGACAUGCACCUGAGGAUGUUUUCCGAGCAUCCUAUUUUGGUGCUCUUUUACCUCAUCCGUCGAUUUAUCUCAUUCGAUUGUCAUGCUACUUAAGCGUUCUUCUAAAUAAAUGAUUAAAGGCAGUCUAUUUGACCAUCGUGCCUUCUUGGUGCUGAGGUCUGCUGACAUUCAACAGAUGGUCUGCUCCCGUGCAUGUUUAACUAGCACCUCGUCAUCUGGUACACCGGCUUGAUAAAUGAGUAUCCCACCGCAAUCGCGUGAACCAAGUCUCGAUUCGGGCUUUUCAAUUACUGGUGAACUGAGUUACUCCCUGUAAGGACGUUUGCUACUUCGCUAAAUGAAACAUUUGUACUCAUUGAACUGCUUCUUGGCAAGCCUCUGUUGGAGUUAGAAUUUCCACUUGUUUUGAAAUAAUUACUCUUAGCAAAGCUCCCUUGCAUCUUAAAAUUAUUAUUAUUAUUAUUGGCUGUUAGAUUUACCCUUUGUUGCUAUAACGCUUUCGGCCCUCUAAAGGGGUGCACUUAAAAAGGCAAAGGCUGAGGCCGUUCUUCUCGACUCGUAGGCUGAGGUCGAAGUGUUAUUUCAUAACACGUUACCGGAAAGACCGUAGACUUAACCCCACAACUGUGAACUAAAUUAGCGAUUCCAAGGUUUGACGAGGAGAAACCGAGAGCCACUAGAACCGUUAAUAUGAGGUGAAAGACAGUACACAUGGGUGCGUUCUCACUGCAAACUAACUCCGUCUUUUCCAAGCAUAGCCCAGACGUCAGCUCUUGCCUGCAGUCAGGUUGUCGUAGGGGAUGCACAGUGGAGGUACAUGUAUCUACGACUUUCGGGAUAAAGCAAAAACGCUGCCUCCCCAAGACGAGACUAACACCAUUGCCCGCAUAAUUCUACAGGGUGGUCCCCGUGUCUGCGGUAUAAAUGCACUGACCUGCGGAGCAUUUACUUAAACCAAAAGUAUGCUUCCUAAACAGUUUUCUAUCUCUGAGUGCGUAAAAAAUGAUAUUCCGGAGGUAGCAUUUCAAUCGCAGAGGAUGAAAAUUUGUGAGCCGGCCCUCUCUGGCCACCUUUAAAUUUGAUAUCUUUCGUGGGGAAUCGAUACAGAUUAAAGCGUGCUAGCACGGGCUUCACUUAUAAAGACGUAGGUGAAAUGAAAACUAGUCACAAAACUCUGACGAUGCAGAUCUACCCGUAAAACCCCCAGAGAGUUCAAUAUGGAUUGCGUUGCGCAAGAAGUGCCACCAGCUUUCGUUGGUAAAAUGAUUGGAGGUGACAGUUUUAUUUUAGAAUCGGAAAACCAAACCCAAAACCGGGGAAUAGAAAGUUGGAUGUGGCUGAGUCUAAGGCGAUCAUGAAGUUGUGAUCCGCCUGCUUUCGUGGACAAUCCCGCCUGCUGGACAUAACCGUUAGUAUGUUCGUUUGCAUUGACCACCGGAUUUAUUUCAGGCCGUGAUGCCAACAACUUCUGUUUAACGGACAGAAAACUCGUCCCUCAUGAUGUGUCAAAAUGAACUGCCAUGCCUUCUUGGCGGCACCGACACGAUAUCAAAUCUACGCACAGUAAAAUUGGUUUGAGCAUUCGACCAAAUAGGCAAUUAUUGUGAACUGAAUCCCAUUACAUCGCAGAGGAGAUAUUGCUCCAAUAAUCUGCUACUUUGAUUAUGGCGUACUUUGAAAAAACAAGCAAUUCAGUCAGCAGUGCUUUAGAGUAAGCUUUAGGAACUUCUCAGGCAAUUCGUCGCCCACGAUAAUGUGCCUCAGUUUGGUUUAACAAGCAGUUUUUUUCUUCACGCCGCUCGCAUCGUCGCCUGAGGACAUGGCGAGCGAUUUUAUGUGUGGGCCACGUAGUCAACAGAGUAAUCAACAAAAUGACGCAGAGGAACCGAACGAUGAGUGCAACAAUUAAUAAACGAUUUUUGGCUUUCGAGAACUGUAGCAAGCAGGCUGGCCAGCUGAGACAAGGCACUAUUUAAGGCUCAAACAAUGAUGAGAAAUGACCAGGCAAUUCUAGCAUAUGCAAUUGUCGAACCCUCCUCAAAGCCUGUUUUCUAUGAAUUCUUGCCAGGCAAACCUUCUAAUAAACGGCCUGACCGCGAUCGGUAGGAAUGACCUGGCGGCAGAACUGCGGACGUUGAACAGUAGUGACGCAUCCUCACCGGAUUCUUCGCCGGCCGCAGAGGCGGUAUGA